AUGUCAACACAAUCUUGUGCGAUUUGUGGACCAAAACGUACUUCACGUGCUCUUUGUAAUUGUUGUAAAGAAUAUUUAUGUCUUGAUCAUUUGAAAGAACAUGAUGAUUUAUUAAAUGCACAACUUGAACCUUUGACUGAUAAUAUAAAUCAACUUGCUGAUCGGCUACAACAAGUUAAUGUUGAUUCUCUUGUUCAACCAAUACGUAUUCAAUUAGAUCAAUGGAAACAAGAAGCUUUUCAAUCCAUUGAACGUAUUUAUGAACAGAAAUCUAAUGAAUUAAAUGAAUUAAUUAGUAAAAAACUUAAUCAAUUACGUCAAGAAACUGAACAAAUUCAAACCAGAAUUGCACAAGUUAUUCAUAAUCAUGAUGCAAGCAAUGAACAAAUUGAUGUUUUCGUUAAAACAAUACAAAAUCUUGAAAAAGAAACUACUGAUAUAGAUAUUAAACCAAUUAAUAUUAAUAUUCGUCCAUUAAUUCUUGAAGAUAAUUAUAUUAUUUUUAAUGUGGAAGAGCAAAUUAAUAAUAAUGAUGAACUAAUAUUGUCACCUAUUCUUCAAACAAUUGCUUCAUCUGCAAAUGACGUUGAUUGUAUAGCUUGUAAUGAUACUUAUAUAUUACUUCAUCAUCACCCAACAUUAUGUUUAUAUGAUUUUAAUUUAAAUCUUAUUAAACAAACUCAUCCUUAUCCCGAUAUGUCUAUUGCUGAUAUGUGUUGGUCAUUGGCAUUAGAUCGUUUUGUUAUUCUUACAGACUAUGAUGUUUUUGUUUUGAAUGAUAAAACAAUGAGUUUAGAAAAAAGGGAUAUUCGAACUCGUAAGAAAGGUCAUUGGCAUAGUAUAACAUGUUCAUUGGAACAUUUAUAUUUAACAGCAUAUAAAUGGGGUACUAAUGCUUAUCAAUUUAAUAUUCGUCCAUCAUCAUUUGUCUUCAAUCGAAAAUGGACAUCACCUACAACAUGCGUAAAAGAUGAAAGUAUUGAUCAUUUUUUACAUAAUAAUAAUAAUAAUCAAAUAGCUAUGAUUGUACAAAAUCGAAUAAAUAAUAAUAAACAUUUUCAAUUAAGAUCUGAUCAAACAUUACAAUGUAUAUGGUCAAUUGAACUUAAACAAUGUCAAAUGACAGUACAUCGAAAUAGAUUUUGUUCGAUUCGAGAAAAUGAAUGGUUAAUUAUUGAUUCAAAUCAAUCACAUUUAUUAUAUAUUUCGCGAGAUGGAGCAUUUAAACAAAUAGUUGAUUAUAAUUUUAAUCAACCACCACGUCGUGCUUUUCAAAAUAAAUCAAAUUUUCUACUAGUUACAACAAAUCAUUCCGUUAAUUUACAUCAAUUAUUAUAA